AGCACGAGAUCUCGUACUGUCCAGGAGAGCUAUUCUCGCCGCACCACCAACUUGUCACCAAAGAUGGCGAAUUGCUGAGUGCUCAUGGAGACACACAUUUCUCGGCUAGUUGUUAUCUUCACAGAAACGUCAACUUCGAGAACAAAUUAACUGCUUUAGCGAGCAACUAUUUCUCCAUUUGAAGCACACCUGACACCACGUCAGCCGCCGCUACCAUGCAGAUCACGCUUAAAACACUGCAACAGCAGACUAUUCAAAUUGAGAUAGAUCCCGAAAAAACGGUGAAAGCUCUGAAAGAGAAGAUAGAAGCAGAAAGAGGAAAAGACAACUUUCCCGUAUCGGGGCAGAAGCUGAUAUACGCUGGAAAAAUCCUGGAAGAUAACACACCGAUUAAGGAUUACAAAAUUGAUGAGAAAAGUUUUGUUGUAGUGAUGGUGUCUAAGGCUAAGCCCGCAGCUGCUGCCUUGCCUCCAGUCUCAGAAGCUCCCAAGCCCCCUGUACAGGACUCUGGCUGCACGUCAACAGCUGCCCCAGCCACAAACCCAGCUUCAGCUUCAGCCCCAACCCCUACUCCAGCAGCUGUCCCCAUUCCCCCCGAGGAGGCCAAAGAGGAGCCAAGUGCCACAGCCACAGAACAACAACAACCAGCCAGCUGCAGCGGUGGGAGUCAGGGCUUGGAUGCUUCCUCAGCGCUGGUGACGGGAGCCGAUUAUGAGGCCAUGCUGACAGAGAUCAUGUGUAUGGGCUACGAAAGAGAGAGAGUGGUGGCUGCGCUAAGGGCUAGUUUCAACAACCCCCACAGAGCGGUGGAGUACCUUCUUACUGGUAUUCCCAGCAGCCCAGUCCAGGAGAGUACUCCCCCAGUGCCAGCCCCCACAUCUGGACCCACGGAAGCCCCAUCUCUAGCAGAGGGAGAGAACCCACUUGCAUUCCUGAGGACCCAACCCCAGUUUCUGGACAUGAGACAGGCCAUCCAGCAGAACCCUGCUCUGCUCCCAGCUCUGCUCCAGCAGCUCGGCCGAGAGAAUCCUCAGCUUCUACAGCAAAUCAGUCAGCAUCAGGAGCUGUUCAUCCAGAUGUUAAACGAGCCAGUGGGAGAGGGGGGAGAUGCGCCAGAGGUUGGAGAGCUGGGGGCAGCGGGAGAGGAGGGCGCACCUGUCAAUUAUAUCCAGGUUACACCUCAGGAGAAGGAAGCCAUUGAAAGAUUAAAAGCAUUGGGUUUUCCUGAAGCUUUGGUGAUCCAGGCUUACUUUGCCUGCGAGAAGAACGAGAACCUGGCAGCAAACUUUCUACUCAACCAGGGACAGGACGAUGAUUGAGCAGCAGAGAUCACUGCCUUCCUGCUCCUCCCUCCUACACCUCCCCUCUACAGCUCAGCAUAAAGACUGCACCCCUAAAUUACUGUACAGCCACCAACCUCAGCUCUACCCAAGGAGGGGAGGGGAGAGCCAGCAGGGGGGUGUGGGUGGGUGGGUGGGUUGGGGUGGGAUAGGGCAGAGGAGACUGGGUGGGUUAGGUAAUAGCGGGGGUUACAAGUACACAAAGUGGAGGUUGUGUGCAGGAAGAUCCGGGUGGGUUGGGAGUGCAGAAGUAUGAUAAAAUCCACGUGAAUUCCAAUGGAAUGUGUGGGGUUUGUCUUUGGGAGAUCUAUACUUUGAUUUUAGAUGCGCUUUGUGAACACCAGGGAAGGGAUGCAGGUGGGUGGGUGGAUGCAGGUGGGUGGGUGGGUGGGUGGGUGGGUGACGGGUUUGCAACCAGUGUGAGUGCUUUUGUCUGCGUGUGUGAGUACAUGUCUGUGUGCCUGUGCAGAUGGAUGCAAAAGUGUAAAGUUGAAAAAGUAAUCAAUUUUCAUUCUCUAAGUUUGUUAAUGCUGUAGCUGGAUCGUAUGGAAGCACAUUGUCCUCACUGCACUGCAACAACAUUAUCAGUGUGUAACUGCUUGUAUGUACCUCUGUUAGCCUCAUGUAUGUACGUCCAACAAAUGAAAUUGGCAGAGAUGGACUGUGCUGCCCCUUGUAUGACGAGGGGCAGCACAGACGUGACAUGAUGACAUGAUGUUGCUGGGUCUUAUCAGUCUGUGUAGGGAAACAGAAGGAACCAAACUGACAGUUCAGUGUAUGGUUAAUUUUUUUUACUUUGUGUCAUACUCACCUGUUUCUCCACAGACUACAGCCAAUCACAGUCCCUGCAAAUUCCGUGCCUCCUAUCAAGGUCACUUAAAUAUGGAGCUAUUUUCUGUAUUCUAAUAGCCUCUAGUGCUAAUUAACACUACCCAUAAAAAGCUACUGUACAACCAUAA